AUGAAGAUGAAGGCCAUGGAGAUCGGAGUUGAAGGUCUAGGCAGCAACCUCCACCCAAAACUUCAGACAAUAUCAAUCUCGGCUGCAAGCUGGUAUUCGGCGGAUGUGGAAGCUGACGUGGCGGUGGCCGGAGUGCCGAAGAAGAGGACGUUCAAGAAGUUCAGCUUCAGAGGAGUGGAUUUGGAUGCUCUUCUGGACAUGUCCACUGAUGAGCUCGUUAAGCUCUUCCCUGCUACGGCUCGUAGAAGGUUUCAGAGGGGUUUGAAGAGGAAGCCAAUGGCGUUGAUCAAGAAGCUGCGCAAGGCUCCAAAGCCUAGAAUUGAUUAUACUGUGAAGACUGUUGGUGGAAGCUUAACCACCCUCCUUGGAAUAUCAGAUAUGAUUGAUGCAGAUGUCUUGGAUAUCCAUGAGAUACCCUAG